ACCCAGGGGAUUGCUUACUUAGCAUACACUAGAGGCAAUGGAUAGGGUGAGCAGUCACCGCAGCCAGAAAACCCCAGUACAGAGCAAAUGCAAUUACCCUCCACAUGCAGACACUUUGGAGCUGAAUUGUGCUGAACAGAGAACCCCUUCGGCUGGCAGAACCAUGUGUGGCUGGGAGGAACAGCCACUUUCGCGCCGCUGAAAAAGCAAUGCAAAUGUGCUGGUGACAACAGAACGGCUUCCAGGUCCGGGCACCUGGGCCAAGCACCGUCUCCACGUGGGUGCAGCCUCACAGACUAACGCGGCUUUCUAAGUAUGCCUACAAGAAGGAUUUCAACUCCACAAUGCUGGCGUGCCCGCAUGUGACGGGCUUCCUGCCCCGAGCUGGAAGGUGGAUGAUGAUGUUAGGAGUAAACAUAAAGCCAGACAAGAAGCAGCGUAAGCAAUGGAGGGACCGACCCCAGAGCCUGUGUACGUUGACGUGGACAAGGGACUGACGUUAGCGUGUUUUGUCUUCCUCUGCCUUUUUCUGAUUGUGAUGAUUAUUCGCUGCGCAAAAGUCAUCAUGGACCCUUACAGUGCCAUCCCCACAUCCACAUGGGAGGAGCAGCAUCUUGAUGACUGAAAGGACUUCACUAGACACAGUCAUAAGAUGCCACAAUCUAAGAGGCCUUUUCCCACCUGGAAGGCUAGCAUACACCAAACAGCCAUUUUCAGAUAUACAGGGCAACAGCAAUAUCCCUAAGAGCAUGUAAUUCAAAUGAUUCUUGCUCAACAGAUCAGGAUAACAGGAGGCCAUUCUGGAAGCACAGCUUAAUACUAUGCAGCAACCCUUAUUUUAAGGGAAAACAGUUAUAAUUUUAAAUCAAGUAGCACAAGAGACUGUAGGCUCUUCCUAAUAUAACUCUUGGUUUAGCACAGUUUGUCCUCCCCUCAGUAUUUCCCAGAAAUCCAGGGUAACUACCAGAAACUGGAAAAGCAACAGGAGCUUUUUUUCCUUCCUGGAAAUAGAUUGCUUCAGAUAUCCUCCUCAGUCAUUAUAUUUGUGUUUCCAAAAGGUCCCAGUUUUAGAAUUUUUUAGUCUUAGAGCACCACAGAGUAGAAGCACUAAAGCAUCUCAUCUCAAACCUGAGUUUGAGUCGGGGAUACAGGAGCAAGGUUAUUUCCGACUACCUUGCCUCUGUACACACGACUGCAGUGUAGUGGGGAGUGUAUUUCCAACAGUCACGAUACAGAAGCACUCAGAGUUCCCAGUGGAGCCACGGGCUGUUGUUAACCCUGCAGCACCACCUUGCUCUAUCCUGCUUGUGGAAAUUCUAGACAUUUUACCACGUGCCGUGGGUCUGUGGAUUAGCUAGCUGUGUCAGACCACUUGCAGCAAUUUUGCUGGCCACCAGAAGUCCAUGGAACAGAACUGGGGCACCACAGGGUUCACCUACAUAGAAGUUGCCCUGACUUUCAAAGAGCAAUUCCACUGGUAAGUCCAUCCAGCUCUAGUUUCAGGUGCGCUUCAGUGGAUCACACAUGAGUACAAUAACAAAGAGAAUAGGCAAAGACAUUGUUCCUGACUUUUAUCACUCAGAAGUAGGUUUUGUCAGCUCUUAAAUCUGACAGGAUCUUUAGCUUAACAGUUUGAGUAACAUGCAGUAAUAUGCAUUCUACCUCGGAGACAUUCAGCACCUUUAAAAGAUUUUUUUCCACAGAUUUGUAAAGUGAAUAUCUGUCCAUUUCCUUUCCUCAAUUCAUUAAGGCAGCCAUAAUGGGAAAAAGAUAGGCGAGAACAAGGGAGCUUCGGAAAUUUGUUUUAUACCUUUUGAGGAGUGCAGACUGAGGAAUUCCCAUUUCCUCCAUUCUUUAAAUUCUAAGGUCUGCCCACAGCUGCUUUCUUUAGUGACUACAGAUUUAGCUUAAGGCAUUAUAAGGAGCUGCUGAAGCAAUAAGGAGUCGAUCCUGCAACCAUCAAAAGC